AUGUUUGCGCAAUACACAACUGUAAAUUUUCAUCAAUAUCUACUAAACACAACGCUGCAUGGACUCAAAUAUGUUGGAGACCGAACAAUAACUCGAUUUGAACGGAUCUUCUUUACUUUAAUGUUUUUGCUCGUUGUCAUUCUGUCAGUGGUUUUUAUAACAAAUGUUUAUAGAAAAUGGGAUGAAUCGCCAAUAAUUAUCACGCUCAACUCUGAAACAACAUCCAUUACGCAGAUCCCGUUCCCAGCCGUGACUAUUUGUAAUAUGAACCAAGUGCGGUUGAGCGCUAUUCGAGACAUUCCCAAGGAUAGUAACGAAUUUGCUACGGUUAAAUCAUUGUGUCGAAUAGGAAGGGAUCAACUGAUGAAUGAAACGUUCUCAAAAGGAAGUUGGGCACUUUACCGGAAUAUUAUCAAAAAGGUUUCACCAAGGUGCGAAGAUAUGCUGCUUUAUUGUGCAUUUGGGGGAGUUGAGCAUGAAUGUUCCCGGAUAUUUCUGACUAUCCUCACCGAUGAUGGAUUGUGCUGUGUUUUCAAUUCACAAAAGAAAAACUAUCUCAUGAGAGAAUCGAUUAGAAAAAACGGAUUUGUCUUUGAUGGCAGCGAAUAUGACGUGUUACCGAAUUAUGACUAUGUCGACGAUACACCAAUUUGGACAGCCGAAAAAGGUUAUGAAUUGGAGGAGAUGAAAGAGCUACCGCGUCCGGGCAUCGGCUCAGGAAAUGAACUUGGUCUUUCUUUAAGCCUUAAUGCGGAUAUCGACGAUUAUUAUUGCACCGCAACAAGGAGUUAUGGCUUCAAAAUAUUAUUAUCAUCACCAAAUGACCUAACCAAAGUGUCCGACUACGGUUUUGCCAUUCCAACGAACUAUGAAACACGAAUCGCAGUCAAACCAAAACAGUUUACAGCGUCGCCAGCCAUUCGGAACAUAGCGCAAAACAUCAGACAGUGCGUGUUUGAAAGUGAAAGCAAUCUAACGCUGUAUAAAUACUAUUCCGACAGGAGUUGUGAAGGUGAAUGUGAAUCGAAGCUUUUGUACAAACAUUGCGGCUGCAUUAUGUAUUAUCAACCUGUACAUCAGCCAAACAUCUCGAUUUGUGGCACCGCUGAUAUGAAAUGCAUGGAAAAAGUCGAUUCGAAUAUCCGGAGACAAAGUGCGGGAUACAAAUGCACACACUGUUUACCUGGCUGCUUUGCAUUAAAUUAUGACUCAACUUAUUCUACCGCAAGGAUAUUUCAUCAAACACCAUUCUUACGUGCGAAAAAAAUCGAUCCAGCAGAUAUUGCCAUUGUUUACAUCUAUUACCCUCAAACGAUGUUUCGAACGCAGAAAAUGGAUGAACUCGUGAGCUUUACGGAUUUUUUAUCCAAUAUAGGUGGACUUCUUGGUUUAUUUAUGGGCUUCAGCGUGAUUUCGUUUAUUGAAAUGUUCUAUUUCAUCUCGAUUCGCCCCUACUUGCAAACAAACUACAAUUUUGACGACAAUCAUCAUCAGCGUUAUUUGGAUUGA